AUGCGCUCAGCUUACGCGUGGUCACCUGAGGAGCUCUGCGCUCGCCUCAGCAGCUUCGCAACAGACGGCGGGAAACUCCCUGCCGAAUUUAUCGAUCGCUGCCGCGCAAAGGCUCUCACAGGUGCACGCUUCAUGAAUUUAACGCAGGACAUUCUCCGACGCGAUCUCGGGCUCACCACGUUCGGCCAGAGAAGUCGAGUACUCCAGCUCGUCAAGGCCCUCAAAGUUGACUACAACAAGCACUCACGCUACUACAGCGGCGCGUUGCCACGGUCGCCGCCCUCGUCUUCGUUUCCUUUUCCGGGCGUUCUCCCCCCCUCCGAGUUUUUCCUCCCGGAGCCUCGUCCAGCUCUAACGCUCGCGCAUCCCCAUCCGGCCGCGUCUCUGCCGGCGCCGCGAGGCCAGAAUCCCCCGACGGCUGAUCUUCCGAGCUGUCCCCCGGGCGUCUCGAUCUGUCCCUCGCCGUUUCCGCUCUUCCUCGCCAACCUGGCCCCGCACCAAGGCGGCGAGGCUCUCCGAGCGCUCGCGGCCAGGCGCAGCGUCAGCAGCAGCCCCAGCGGCGGGACGACAAGCAGUGGCGAAGACGAGAUCGCGAGGGAGCCCGAAACAGAAGGCGCGCGGGCGGCCGCGCGACGAUGUGUCGCUGCCUCUAUAUUCGGACCUGAGACGCAGGCUUGGGCGCCGGCGCGAAGAGAAGAAGAGGGGAGAGGAGAGAGCGCUUUCGAGAAACUGAGACGACCCACAGCUGCGGGGGCGAGAACCUGCACAGAGUGCGGCGGCGACUUCUCCAGACAAGACAGAGACAAGGAGGGAGCGUUCGGGGGGGACGAGGGAAGGGUGCCGUCUCUUGUAGGCGCCGCACAGGUUCCCGGUCCUCCAGGACUUCGAAACGAACGUGGAGGGAGGCACGGCAGGGGCGAAGAGGCGCGCCUGCCGCAGUCUCACGCGUCCUCGUGCUGCGACACUUCUCAGCUGUUUCGUGGGACAGGGGGAGCAGUGCCGGCUGGGCCUCUCGGCCCUCGCCUCGCUCUUCCUUCUCCGUCGUCUGAAGCCUCUCUGGCGAGCCGUGCGAGAGACGGGGCCGAAACGCAAGCCCCAAGGGACUGCGGGAGUCCCUUCGCUGCCUGUUCGCCUCCGUCUCUCGCUUCGACUCGGUCUCCUUUCCUCGCGUCGUCCUCGGUUGGGACGCGUCUCCGGCCUCGCCACGCCUGUUCCUUGUGUCGCCGUUCGCUGCAUGCGGUCUCUUUUUCUGAGACUCUCUCGCCGGGUACGCCUUCGUGCUCCUCGCCUUCUGCCUCUGUGGCGACAGGCCAGGGGUGCUCAAGUCCUCACGGUCGACCUGCCUCCCAUUCCGCAGGCUCUGACGGCGAAGGCGCCGCCCGAGGCGAAGGCGGCAGCUGUCUCCUCAGCCUCGCGUUUCGUGGGUUCAUUUCUUUCUCCUUCUUGAUCCCUUUCCACCAACUGACGUUCGUCCAACCCCUCCUCUCGCCUCCCUCGCCCCUCUGUUCCUGGCCUUCCUCUUGUUCAGCCUGUGCCUCGUGUGCCUCGUGUCGAGAGACGCACUCGCGAUGCUCCACGCGCUGGCAAGGCUCGUGGCUGGGCAAGAGUGUGUGCCUCGAACUCGUCCCCGCCUUCCACUUGCCUGGUGAAGCGGCUGAGGAUGGCGACGCUGCGCACGACACCCAGUCGCCAGAAACGAAACACUGCGAGUUCUCGCUCCAAGAGCCGAACGCGUGCGUCUCUGAACGCUCUCACGCAUCGCGGGGGCAAACCGAAACAGGCAAAACGGAUCCCCAGGUUGCAUCUUCUUCCUCUUCCUCCUCUUCGUCUUCCUCUUCCUCCUCUUCGUCUUCUUCCUCUUUGUCUUCGUCUUCCCCUUGUGUUGUUCGAGGACGAGGUUCCUCUGGGAGCAGCCAGCGCAGAUCGCGGUUGGAGCGGAGCGGCAGAUCGCCACACGCAAAAGGCUCUCACGGCGUUGCAGAAGGGGAGCCGGGCGCAGUUGGGAGCGCGAGCGGCGGGGCGGGAGAGAGGCGAAGAAGGCAGAGAGGAAAGCGAGAGAAGAAGCCGAAGGAGGGGCCGGCAGCGCGGCCCGACGCAGGCGAGGAAGGCGCGGCAGAACCUCCCGCGCGUCUCGAACGCAGCCAGGGAGAGAAGACCGGCGAGGCGAGGGCCGUCACCGACUGCGCAGCUCUCGGCGAAGAAGCCGGCAUUGAAAGGCCUUCAAGCCGGCACUCAACACCGCAAGGGCCAACGAACCUUCCUGCCGAAACACGGCCGCGAGGCGAAACGCGAUGCUGGACGGAGGCGUUGUCGCACGCCUCGUGUGAGGAAAGAAGUGAACACUCGCAAGAGCCGCUCUUCACUGCGCCUUUUCUCAGUGCAGCGCCCGUCGUGCGGCGUCCUUCUGCCUCGUCUCUCUCUUCUUCCUUCUCUGUCUUCUCGUCUUCUGCGUGUCCGUCGUCUGCCGCUUUCCAGUCUCAGCGACAGCCGCUUCUCUCUCAUCCGCGCGCGGUGGCUACCUUGAUCCUCUAUCGCCUCUCGCUGCUUCGGCAUCCGCACCUUGUUCUCCUUCUGGGCGUCGCCGACGGUGUGUGUCCACUCUGUGGCUCCGGCCCCGCUCUCUGGCUGGUCACUGAGUUUCUGCCUCGUCGCUCACUUUCGUUCUUCUUCGACUCUCCCCUCCAUCGCCCUCGCCAGCUGUGCCGGCCUGGCUUGUACGCGGGCGACCGUGGAGUCCCCCGCGAAGAACUCAAAAGCUCCAGCGCGGACCUCCCAGCCAAAACAGGAAGACGACGGGAGCGAGGCAGGGAGACCAGGGGAGAUGUGGCCGAGCGAGAAGAGAUAACGCGGAGCGGAAGUGGAAGAAACACAGACGAAGAUGGAAGGCUGACUCUUGCGUUCGCAAGGGCAAACGAAUGCUCAUGUGAAACGCGCCCGCCCUGUCAUCCCUGCGAAACCCCACCCAGGCCUGGCGAGUCCGUCGCUUCCCUUCCCGCCACGCUUGCUCCUGAGGACAUCUCGCGUCUCUCCGCGUCGGGCUUCUCUCCUUUUUCUCCUUCGCCCCUCUGUGUCCUUCCACUUUCUCUCCGUUACGCGCGUGUCACCCCUUCUUUGUCGGGCUCCGCGCCUUCGCGCUGCCAGUCAGUCGCUUCUGCGUCUCCUCUCGUACCUUCGAGCGAGGCGGAAAGGCUCGGCCGGUCUCAAGCUCCGCACGCGUCGCACGUGAUCCAGGCGACGCAUGAUCGCCCCGUCAAAAGUCGAGCUGCAUGCGAGUCCUCAGCUUCGCCUGGCGACUCCACAAAGACUGCAGACGCGCGCGCAGCCGAGAGGGACAAGCCACGCGGCCUGGCGGCGCGGGACGAACUUGUGCGGGCGUCUUCGCGUUCUCUCGCGAGCUCUGGACGCUGGCUGACGCCAAGGCGCGGAUCGCAUCGUCUUUCUGCGCUGCCGAGACGCGAAGGGUGGAUACGCGAACCUGCGCAUCCCUCUUCACAGCACAAACGCGAGACCGACGAACGCGAACCAAGAGAAAGAACAGAAGAGAGAGGAGAGAGCGGAGGCUCCACGUGUGUACAAGACGGACUCCAAGAUGGUUCUGCGUCGUUUCCAGAUGGAGCACUGCGCCCCACACCCGGUCCAGCGCGGACGGCUCUCCAAGCAAAGUCGGCGGAAUUUGAACGACUGCGGUUGCAGCACGACUGGCGCCGGCGCAGCGCCUCCUCCACGCGCUUCAGGCUGUCCAUACACUCCGCGCUUCGCCUAGCUCGGGGCAUCGCUCUGGGCUGCGCGUAUCUCCAACGGAAAGGAAUUUCCCGUCUCGAACUGCGGCCGGGGAAUAUUCUGGUGGAUGACGCCAUGAAUGCGAAGCUGACUGGCCUCGCGGUGAAGAGCGUGCACCAGUGGUGUUGCGCCCUCAUGCAUGCAUGCGCAGCUGGGGACGCGGCCGCGCUGUCGGGGUCUUUUGCUUCCGUUUUCCCUCCCUUCCUCGACUGUCUUCGCCUCGGCCCCGGAGCCUCGACGCCGAGUGUGCGCAAGUCUCAGCUGUCUCUGCCGUGUCCGUCUUCGCCGUCUGUUUCCCCGCCUUGCUCUGCGCUCUCGCGUUCUCCCACGCUCUCCUUCGCCUGUCCCUCUGAGCGCUUCGCCUCGGGCGUCGCCUCGCCAGUUGGCGACAAAAAGCGAGAAGGGUUGAGGCACCAGCUGGGAAGAUUUGUCACUGCGCCCAGUUCCGGCGAGGGCUCUACCCAGAGGCGAAUCGCGGGGCGGGGAGGCAAGGACGAGAGACGUGAGCCCCGUUCGCAGAACCGACCCAACAGUCAGAGUUCAAAAGAAAAGACGGACUUCACUGCAGACGAGGAAGACACUGCGUGGCUGAAACGCGUGAACUGGGCGUCGCCCGAGGAACUCCUCGGCUACAUUCCCCCCCAGACAAGCGGCUCUGCCGACAUCCACGCUUUCGGGGUGAUUCUUUGGCAAAUGCUGAGCGGCCUCGUUCCCCAUCAGUUCAUGAGUCCAGCCCAAAUCAUCGGGGCGGUGGCGCUAGCGCGGGACACGCUUCCGGAACUCGAUCCUCACGUUCCUUCCUCCUUGAGAGUCAACUCGCCUGCAGAGGAAGCUCUCAUAGAUUUUAUGAAUGGCACGUAA